AUGUCUUCCAAAGAUAUCCAGAUCUCGACUUCGACGUCUUCUAAGACUACGGAGUCAGCCUCCCCUCUUCGCUCGACUGAGUCUGCGAUUUCCUCUGUUUCGUCGCCUUCGGAUAUCAGUCCGCAGACUUUAUUUUCCGCCGCGGGCUUCAAGUCCGAGUCUGAGGCUACAGCCUUUAUGCUGACGACUUUAGAAGAGCGGCGCCAUCCAGCCGCGUCUUUGGAGCCGGAUUUUUAUUUUGUCGACGUACCUCGAGACUGGGGAAAAGCGGUUUUUUUUGCGGUCGAGCAGUGCUGGGAAUUACGAGGUUUACGGAAAACCUGGAAUGCGGUGGCCCAGACUUUACGGUUCAAAAUGCCAACUCCGGCUCAUAAUUGCGCCCAACCCUGGCUUCAUGCUUGUGUACGAGAAUGGGAACUCACUGGAGCUCUAACGCCAAAUGAGAUAGCCUCUCUUAAUGUCGUUGCUAGCACUACGCAAGACAUUCCGCAAUCCCCAUACUCCUCGAGCCAAAAGGACCCUGAUGUGAUGAUUUUUCCAGAAGGCUAUGAUCUCCGUCCAGCUAACGCCUUCGAGGUUGGCUGGUCCGAGACUACUAACGAACUCGAUUCAGACGCUGAAAUGCUACUCCGAGGGCACGGAACAGUCAACGUCGUCGUCACUAUCAAGUGGCGUAUCCAUUUCAGGUCUAGAACAGUCAGAGGGGAUCUUAUCGCUUGGAGACUAGGUCAGGACGAGAUACCUUUCAAGGCCCAGCAUGAAGUCAUCUUCCCGGCACCCAACCCGCCUCGGCCGCAGCACCUUCUACUAAGUCUGGCGGAUAUAUUCUCAUCGGCGGUGCCACCUGGGCGAAACCCUCUCGAUAAUCUUCGCCUCGACAUUAGCUUACUCCGAUGUAAGGCUUCAUCUUCAUUGAAUGCAAUGAACUUAAGCCCGGCAUGACAGGAUGGCUGGUGCCUG